AUGUCUUCCUGCCCCGUGGCUCUGUGUUCCUGCAUCUUUCUCAUCCUCAGCAGUCGGCUCAGACAAGGGGCGCCGGCGCACUUCUUCCAGCAGCCCUCGGACCAGGUGGUGGUGAUGGGACAGUCAGUGACCCUGGCCUGUGGGGUCCACGGGUACCGGGGGCUGGUCCAGUGGACCAAGGACGGGCUGGCCCUCGGUGGGCAACGGGACCUCCCGGGUUGGCCCCGUUACAACCUCCAGGGCGAUGUCAGCCUUGGGGAACACAACCUGCACAUCGAAAACGCCCAGCUGGAGGAUGAUGCUGUCUACGAGUGUCAAGCAACACAGAUCGCACUCAGAUCCAGGAGAUCACAGGUUAAAAUCCUUGUCCCUCCUUCCAUCCCAGUUAUCCUGGGGGCUCCCAUUGUCACCGUGAGAGCCCGGACACUCCACAACCUCACCUGCAGUAGCACUGGUUCCAAGCCGACCCCUCAGAUGAGCUGGUAUCGCGAUGGUGAAUUGCAGGAUACCAGCUUCUCCAUCAAGCGGCUGAUGGAGGACGGGAAGCAGGAGAACAUCACCAGCGUGCUCUCCAUCAUUCCCGAGAGGAGCGACUCCGGCUGCAUCUUCACCUGCCGGGUCAGCAACGCAGCCGAUCCUUCUGGGAAACAGUCCUCCGUAACGCUCAACGUCCACUAUGCUCCCGAGGUCUCCCUCUCCGCCCAGCCGGACCCUGCCCUUGAGAGGUCGAAGGUCACUUUCAGCUGCCUCGUGAAGGCCAACCCUGGUCAAGUCACCUACAGGUGGGCCAAAGGUCAGACGGCGCUGACGGGGGUCAGGGGUCAGCAUUACCAGACGGAGGUGGACCGGUCAUUUUUCGGGGAGCCCGUGUCCUGCGCAGUGACCAACGCCGUCGGGAGCACCAACGCCAGCGUCCUAUUGGAUGUCCACUUUGGUCCUCAGCUGGUGACCGAGCCCCUUCCGCUGACCGUGGACCCGGGAGAGGACGCCAGCUUCGUCUGCCGCUGGCUGGGGAAUCCACCCUUGGCCCUCACCUGGAGCAGGCAGGGCUCAGACACGGUGCUCGGUAACAGUGAGACACUGAGGCUCAGGGCAGUCACUCAGGAGGAUUCGGGGAUCUACGUCUGCAGGGCGGCCGUGCCGGGGAUCGGGACGGGGGAGACCGAGGUCAGGCUGACUGUUAACGGACCUCCCAUCAUACAGACGGAGGUGGAACAGUGGGGUGUUCCCGGAGAACAGGCACAGAUACACUGCUUCAUUGGGAGCCAUCCGUCGCCGGACAGGGUGGCGUGGUCGUGGCGAGAGAACGUCCUGGAAUCGGGCGCCCUGGGCCGUUUCCGCGCGGACACAGUGACCACCAGGCAGGGCACCACCUCCACCCUCUCUGUCGAUCGCUCCGCCCCGUCCGACUACAACGUCCUGUACAACUGCUCCGCGCACAACCGCUUCGGAUCACGGACGUCCAGUAUCGCCCUCCGUGAGCGGGACCCCUGUCACCCCCACGGCCGGGAGGAGACUGUGUACUGCGUGUACGCGGAGCGCGCGAGGUUGCAGCCCCUCUUCGCGUAUUCGAAGGGGGCUGCCGCUCAAGUUCUGGCUGCACUUCAGCCCGACGCUGCGCAUCUACGGUCACCCGGUGCGGCGGCAGGUGGAUUCUCCUACUGGGGAUCUUCGCCUGGGCCCAGCGGCGGGCGGCCGAGGGUUCCGGUCGGUCCGCCCUCCUGCCUGUCUUCCGGGCUCGUGCCUUGCCCAGGCGUGCUCGGAGAGGGAGCGCGCGGUCUCUGCGGGCACCCUGAUGUUGCUCCCGAUCCUCGAGGGGGCUCAACGCCUGUCUGUUCUUCCCCCGCAGAGGGCCUGCGUUUGGGGGUGGUCGCCGGGGCAACGGGAGGCCUGGCGGUCCUCCUCGUCACCUUCCUGGUGACCCUGGGCUCCAUCUGCAGUCGGAGGAGGCAAGGCGGAGGUAAGUUCGGAGGACAGGGCGGCUUCGCGGGGGAGCUGUCCCAGGACGGUCACGCGCUCCGGGACGUCGGGGGGGGGGGGGAUGGGGAGGGAAGAGUUUGGCUUGGUAACCAACGCCUGCUUGCGUUCCCCCCCCCCCCCCCCCGUCUCUAGCCCCGAAGGGCGUCGGAUCGUCCAAGAACGAUGUCAGGGUCAAGGUUGCCCAAGGCGACCAGAUUGGGACGAGGCAAGAGGAAGGGAUACUGGACCCCCUGGUAGGUGCCGGUGUCCGGUGGGAGUGGGGGCGGUGGGAGCGACCGCAUGGGAUCCUAUUGGGAGUGCGGAUGAUUGAACGGGAAGGGGUGGGGUCCCAUUGGGAGUGCGGAGGGUGAGAGCCAGUGAAUGAAUUUGCAAAACUGUUGUUCUGUCGACCCAGGCAAGCCAAAGCGAGUCACCUCGCUCACAGAACGCAGCGAUCUUCUCUACAGGGAUGAAGACCAGUAGGAUGUUAGGGUUCAGGAAGAUCCCAAGAGGGAUUCUCUCCUUUCCGUGACUGUACAGGGACCUCUCCCCUUCCAACGCCAGCACCCCUUCGAGGGGAAGAAUAAACCCCUGGAAUUUCUCAACACAGAACCAGCCCUGUUGAUCUUGUGAAAUCCUCCUGAUAAGGUCACAGGUUGGGUCUCACUGGAUGGUUCCGGUCGCCCAGCUAUGGGAAGGACGUCACUGAGCUGGAGAGGGGGCAGGAAAGGUUCACGGGGACGUUCCCGGGACUGGAGGGCUCGAGUUAUAAGGAGAGGCUGGACAGGCCGGGACUGUUUUCCCUGGAGCGAAGGGAGGCUGGAGGGGGUGACCUUAUGGAGGUUUAUAAAACCACGAGGGGCGUAGAUAAGGUGGACGGUCAGUCUUUUCCCCCCUGGGGUAGGGGAGUCUAAAACAGGUUUAAGGUGAAAGAUUGAAUAGGUUUAUAUACACCCACCACCCUCUGGGUGAAAAAGUUGCCCCUCAGGUCCCCUCUCACCUUGACGAGGACCGGCACUCUGUCGACUGCGGUAAGGCCCGGUGGGUGCGGGAGAGAUUCCCCUCGGACGACGAGCCACAACACUCAGCACAAUGUCGAUUUGCCACCAAACCUUACAUCAGUUAGAUCCCAGCCUGUCACCCACUCCCAGGGAUCUGUUAUUCUAUAUGUAGACCCCCCAAACCCCUGGAUUAGAUCCCAGCCUGUAACCCACUCCCAGGGACCUGUUAUUCUAUAUAUAAACCCCCCGAAUCCCUGGAUUAAAUCCCAGCCUGUAACCCACUCCCGGGGACCUGUUAUUCUAUAUAUAAACCCCCCGAACCCCUGGAUCAGAUCCCAGCCUGUAACCCACUCCCGGGGACCUGUUAUUCUAUAUAUAAACCCCCCCGAACCCCUGGAUCAGACCGCAGCCUGUAACCCACUCCUGGG